UUAUAGCGACAUUAUUUUAUUUCAAAAUAGGUUUUAAAGAUAUGAAGAAAGUGCCGCCAAACGUAUCAUUGGCUGAAAUGGGUAUGGAUUCGAUGAUGGCAGUUGAAAUUAAGCAAACAUUAGAAAGAGAGUCCGAUAUUUCCUUAUCAGCAAAAGACACGAGAAAUCUUACUUUUGCUAAACUUGCCCAAAUGACAGCAAAACGAGAAGAAAUACAGGAUACAAAUCAAACUGAUUCAAGUAAUAUGGGAGGUUUUGAAAGGUUAAUUCAAAAAGCAAAAAAUUCAGACUUUGUUCCAGAUACUCUUGUAGAGCUUGCUACAAAGAACGAGAUUGAUCGAGAUCAUAUAUUUCUCAUACCAGGAAUUGAAGGAUGUUCAAGUGUGUAUAAAUCUAUAGCAUCAGGAAUUAAAUCAUCGGCAACGUGUUUGCAACAUGUUGUACUUAAUAUAUCUGACAAUGUUCAAACAAUAAUAAAGUUAGCUACUUGUUUGGUGCCUCACGUAUUGGAGAAAAUGAAAAAUCAAAGGAAGUUUCUAAUUGUGGGCUAUUCAUUUGGAACUUUAAUUGCUAUUGAAUUAGUCAGAUUAUUAGAAGCUCGUGAUUUCUCUGGACGGUUAAUACUAAUAGAUGGAGCUCCUGACCAACUAAAAUUGAUGACUAAUUUUGCCCAUACUUCUCCAGCCGAAUUAGAAAAUAUAAUACUGCUUUUUUUAUUACAAGUAUACACUCGAAUUAACAAGGAAACGGUUGCGUCAGAGUUGAACAAGUGUAAAACAAUCGACGAAAAAUUAAAAAUCUUUCAUACUUAUUUCCCAUUGGAUGCAAAUGUAUUGUCCAUAAAUAAUCAGAAACUCAUAUAUUACACAAUUCACAAUCAUUUCAGAGCUAUACAAGAUUACAAUAUUUCUUCAUUACCUCGCAUUAAGUCACCUAUAACAUUACUGAAACCUACAUUUCCGAUUAUCUCUUUUCCUGAAGAGGAUUACGGUUUACAUAAGGUUACAGAAGGGAAAGUGCAAGUUUAUUCGGUGGAAGGUAAUCAUAUUACAAUAAUGGAUAAUGAUAAAGUUACAUUUGCUAUUAAUGAAGAAUGGAAAAAAAUGGAAUAGAAGAUAAUAUAACACAAUAAAUAUUUAUUGUGAUAUGGUGUUUAUUUAUUGGGAUUUAUUGGGAUAUGGUGAUAUAAUAGAAGGAAUGUGAUAUAAUAUAUGGUUGGUAUAAUAUAGGGAAAGUGAUAUAAUAUAAGGAACUAGCAACAUGUUACAGUCUGAACACUUCUUUGGUCGAGAAUGCGGCAACAUCAUGGAACGUUGAUAGCAUCUCAUGUUUGUUUCUACUAGGGAUUGCAGCAAGUUCGCGUCAAAAAUUGAGUAGCAUAUGUUGUGUCUUAAGCAAAAAAUCAUUAAUACAAUACUUAUACAAUAUAUUUAUAAUCACUACAACGAUGUUUCAGAAUCUGCAACAAUGACAAACGUGUAGUUUUCAAUAUUGUGUAGAGUCUUAAAGACGUCUUCAAAGACAUCGUUUAGGCAUAUAUGUUGUAAACUAAUAAAAAGUAUAAUAUUCUCUUUACUAUUAUAACAAUUAAAUACAUAAUAUGUAUGU